CUCUAACCUUGAAACGUGUUCAUAAUUCUCAUUACUAGUGCUCCGACCAUUUUUCUGUUUUGAUAUUUGUCGUUGGACAUUCAAGUGUAUUGCAGUGAUUUCUUGGGGACUCAGAACGAGGAAAACAAAGCUAGUGUGCAUUUCAGUGAGGAAAUCUUGUCAGCUCGCGGAUGACAUUGAGUUGGCGACAGUGAUAUUACCACUGUACAUUCAGUCGGAGUAAGUGUGUGACAUUGGUGCCAUCGAUUAACGGAAUCAUCCAACGAUUAGUUCGGUUGCUACCAAAGUUACAAAAUUUCGGUGGGAGACAAACUUGUAUUUUCAAAUAUGAAGGGGGCCGAAGGUAAUUCUGAUCCUUGGAAUCCAAGUGUGCAAACAGCGCAUCUUCCAACUUAUGCAGAAGCAAUGCGCACUGGUCCGCCAUAUCCUACGCCAGGGCCCAAUCAUUCAGCCCCUUAUCCAACACAGCAGGUCCCGUAUCUAACCGAGGGGCCCAGUUUUACAACUCCCUAUCAACCACAGCAGACACCAUAUCCAACCCAAAUGCCUUAUCCAACGCCACCGAUCUACGGGACUGUUCAAGAUUACAACGAUUUUUCACAUCCAAUGCCUGGAAACCAAACCCAUCAGCAAUAUGAGACUGGUGCAAUGCCAGUUAUUCAUCAUCCAACGACACACAUACAACACAUCGUAACGUCUGCUCCACGCAGUAAUACUUGUUGCAGAAAUAGAUCGACAGGUAUACUGUUUGCGGUAGUACUUGCUUUAAUCAUCAUAGCAACAAUCAUAAGAUUGAAUGCGACCCGGUGAACCCCCACCGGCGACGAUGAGCUUUGAUAAAUAAACGGGAUCAAUGCAUGUGAUGUUUUGCUUGACCAUUCAGGGCACUAUCGAUAGAUGUAUAAUCAACCAGAGAAGCAGAUACUCUCCAAAUUUUCAGAUACUAUUUUUGCUAUAAUGAACGACGUACUAGUUUGCCUAAUGGAUAUGAAAUGUAUAUGUAUAUACUGAACGCGUCUUUACUCUAAGUGGAACUAUCAUAAGUAUUAUAAUUCAUGAGAAGGAAUUCCGGAGGAGACGAAGUAAAAAAUACAUUAAAAGAAGCCUUUUCCAUCA